GACCGGCCGGUUACUUCCUCCGGUGGCGGCACGGAGCGCGGUGCGGCCCGGUCCUCCAGCCCCGGAGCCGCCCGCCUCGCCCCGCCAGCGUCCCCGGCUCCCGACCCCCGCCGGGUGCCCGCGCCCCGCGCCCCGCGCCCCGCGCCCGGACCCCCCCGCCCCGCCGCCCUCGCUCGCGUCCGACGCGCCCCGCGGAGCCCGGCCCCGAGAGCCGCCGGCCCUGCCCGAAGCGGCGCGAUGAAUGACUUUGGAAUCAAGAACAUGGACCAGGUGGCCCCUGUAUCUAACAGUUACAGAGGGACACUCAAGCGCCAGCCAGCUUUUGACACCUUUGAUGGGUCCCUGUUUGCUAUUUUCCCCUCUCUAAAUGAAGAGCAAACACUGCAAGAAGUGCCGACAGGCUUGGAUUCAAUUUCUCAUGAUUCAACCAACUGUGAAUUGCCUCUGUUAACUCCGUGCAGCAAGGCUGUAAUGAGUCAAGCCUUAAAAGCUACCUUCAGCGGCUUCAAGAAGGAGCAGCGCCGCCUUGGCAUCCCAAAGAACCCCUGGCUGUGGACCGAGCAGCAGGUGUGCCAGUGGCUUCUCUGGGCCAUCAACGAGUUCAGCCUGGUGAACGUGAACCUCCAGAGGUUCGGCAUGAACGGCCAGGUGUUGUGUAACCUGGGCAAGGAGCGUUUUCUGGAGCUGGCACCUGAUUUUGUGGGCGACAUUCUCUGGGAGCAUCUGGAGCAGAUGAUCAAAGAAAACCAAGAAAAGACGGAAGAUCAGUAUGAAGAAAAUUCACACCUCAACUCAGUCCCUCAUUGGAUUAAUAGCAAUUCACUAGGCUUUGGCGUGGAACAAGCAACGUAUGGGGUGCAGACGCAGAAUUACCCUAAAGGCGGCCUCCUGGACGUGUGCGCACCCUCGGCGGCACCCGGCGCGCUCGGCUCUGAGCAGGAGUUCCAGAUGCUCUCCAAGUCCCGGCUCAGCACCGUCAGCGUCAACUACUGCCCGGUCGGCCAGGACUUCGCGAGCGGCAACUUGAACGUGCUCGCUGGCGGUUCUGGGAAGCCCCGGGACCGCGACUCCCCUGAGAACGGCGCGGACAGCUUCGAGAGCUCGGACUCCCUGCUGCAGUCCUGGAACAGCCAGUCGUCGCUGCUGGACGUGCAGCGAGUGCCGUCCUUCGAGAGCUUCGAGGAUGACUGCAGCCAAUCCCUGUGCCUCAAUAAGCCGACCAUGUCCUUCAAGGACUACAUCCAGGAGAGGAGCGACCCGGUGGAGCAGGGCAAACCGGUUAUACCUGCGGCAGUGCUGGCUGGCUUCACAGGAAGCGGACCUAUUCAGCUGUGGCAGUUUCUCCUGGAAUUACUCUCGGACAAAUCCUGCCAGCCGUUCAUCAGCUGGACCGGGGACGGAUGGGAGUUCAAGCUCGCCGACCCCGAUGAGGUGGCCCGCCGGUGGGGAAAGAGGAAAAACAAGCCCAAGAUGAACUACGAGAAGCUGAGCCGCGGCUUGCGCUAUUACUACGACAAGAACAUCAUCCACAAGACGUCGGGGAAGCGCUACGUGUACCGCUUCGUGUGCGACCUCCAGAACUUGCUGGGGUUCACCCCCGAGGAACUGCAUGCCAUCCUGGGCGUCCAGCCGGACACGGAGGACUGAGGCCCCCCCUGUGCUGCGCCGGCAGCCCCCCGACCCACCGACUGCUCCAAGGACCCUGAAAGGCGGGAUCGCACGCGUCCAGGAAAGUCCCCACGAAGCAGUGGCCUUAUUUCCUCGGAAACCGCGCUUUUUCACCCAAAGCAGCAUGGUUUCCCACUUCUAAAGCCUGCUGACGGGAACACACUAUUUAUGAUGCUCUUAGAAUGGCCGAGAAGGAAGCGCUGGGAAGCCGUCCUGGCUCCGAGCAGGCCGCGCGGCAGGAACCUUCAGGCCGUUGGAUAUUCUCCAAAGGAGCGAGCGAGCAUGCCUCGGGCACACGUUUUUUUGUUGUUGUUGUUGUUGUUGUUUGUUGCCUUUUUUUUUGCCUUUGGCAGCCAGGAAUCACAAAGGCAGAAGUGGUCUCUUUGGUUCAGCCAGGCGUGCCAUUUCAGAAGUUAGUUUGUAUAUAUGACUGUAACCCUAAUAAUUGUUGUCAGAAUCCUCUCAGAGUCCUAUUUAACGAGAACUGUAUAUUGUAAUUUAAAAUAAUUCUGCAAAUGUAUUUGAAAUGAGAACGCAGACGUCCGGUGUUCACUGCGGUUUCCAAGAGCACCAGCAGCGUUUUGCAAACAGUCUGCCAGGCCAGACGAAGAAGUUGUAAAGUCUGUAUUAUUUACAUUUGAUAUGCCUACAGGUAUACGUCUAACAGGGUCAGUCCCUGUUUCUGUUUUGUUUUGCCCAGAUUAUUAUCUGGCAAGGACUUUGUACAUUUGGGAAUUUUUAUAAAAACACUUAAUGUUAUUAUCUGGAGGCGCAUCUCGCCUCUGCUUUCUCCUUAAUUGUAAUGUAAAAGCUAUAAAGCAGUAUUUUUCUUGACAAAUGGCAUAUGUAUUCCAUUUCCGUGCAUGCCUUUAAAUCCGUUUCUACACAAAACUUAUUUUAUUUUUUAGUUCGACUGUGUUUCCCCAACAACUAACCUCCCCGACCAGCCAUUUCCUUCCCGGGUUCCACCUCCGCGCCCCAAAUUAUUCUGUAUGAUUAAAAUAAGAAUGCUAUUUUUGGAAAUAAUGUGGCUCCUUUUCAGAGAGCAGGAGGGAUUUAUGUAGCAGCUACUUUUACUGCAGAAGUAAUUCACUGGAAAAAAAUGUAAUUUGUAAGAAAGCUUUAUUUUUAUCUGCGUCCCGUGUGAAGUUAAACAUAUUGUACUGGGAGCUGAAGCCUAGGGCAGGUGGGAGGCGGGAGGGUGAUCUUCACGGAGAGGUCGUGAGCAAAACCCGACUUGUCCUGUCCUUGCUCACCUGGCGAAUCGUGGGCUGUCCGGACACGAUGCUACUCCUGUAUGCGCAGUACCCACAGCUCCGUGUUCUUGUUUUCGUGGAUGCAGAAUGCCCAGAGGCAGAGAGAGGACAAGCAAGAUGGGAAAGAGAAUCCACUGGAGGAUUUGAUGUGAGAAAAACGUUUUGCUCACGAUGGAGAAUUUUCAUGGUGGUUUCGAAGGAGCCCCCUGGGUGGGCGUGCAUUCGGGAUGCUUGGAAAUGAUCAAGUCAUCCUGGUUUCAGAGCCAGACGGGCUUCACCUGCAAUGUGGGAGGGCACUCGGAGCAGGGGCUGGUGUCCCUAGAGGAGAGGCCAUCUGUGUAAUAAGGCUGAGAAGCUGGGUGGCGGGGCCUGCUGAGAAGAGCAACCCCGGAGCUGGGGGACCAGUCGCUCAGUACCUACACGAGACCAUUUCCAGGGUCUAAGCACAGGAUGUUUUUCUCAAGCAGGACAUGUUUAUCACUCAGACAUCUGUUUAUAACAUCAACAGACAUGUGACUGGGAACAUCUUGCUGCCAAAGGGAAUCUUAGCCAUUGGCUCAUUUUAUAUGGGGUUGAACCACAUGAAAUUGCCAAUAUUUGACUUUUUUUAUCUACAAAGUUGGCAGUUUCAUGUGGUUCAACCUAAUAGUUACAGAAACUAAAGCCCAUUAUAAACCUUUGGUGUGGUAAUGAACAGACUUCAGUAUAAAGAUUUUGUAAUCUGGCCUUUUCUUUCUCAAAUAAUAAAGUAUUUUGUUUAUAUAAA